AUGGCGGAUGAACGCAUGAGCACGAGCACGAGCAAUAGUCACACAUAUGGUAUCACAUUGCAACGUCUAGUUGAAAUGGACCACAUUAAAGAAACACUAACUGGUUCCUUUUUUACUAUGUGCCAGCAAAAGACCUAUACGGCAUAUGUUGCCUUCAAAAAUCUGGAAAAGACUAAGCCAUGCCCCAUAAAGUACUGCAAAAAAUGCCUGUUAAACAGGUACGGGGAAAAAGCUGAAGAUGUGGAGUUAUUGGAUCAAUGGGAUUGUCCCAAGUGUAAGGGUAUAUGCAAUUGCAGCACGUGCAUGAAGAAACGUGGUCAACAGCCCACUGGUCAGCUUGCCAAAAUGGGAAAGGCAGGUGGAUUUUCUUCUGUGUUGGACUUGAUUGAUGCAAAAGGUGUUCAAAAUGUUAGUAAUUACAAGAGAGCAAAAGGAACAACCGCUUCACCAAGAAAGCUAGAUGUUGUAGCAGAGAGUUGAUGAAAUCCAAAGAGAAAAACAGAAAAUGCCCGAUUCUGAAACUUUCAGUGUGGAUAUGGGUUAGAGGUGCAGUAUUAGCACUUAGAUAUAAUGAGCAAUUUCCCAGGCUUCCGGCUGAUUUUGAGGUUCCUGCACAACGUAGCUUAGACAUGUUUGAUUUACUGCAAUUUGUGUUCGGUUUUUAAAUAACUUGUGGUUGUAUGAAACACAUUAUUUUGAUAUAUAUAAAAUGCGCUUUUUUGCUAUUUGUA